UAAACUCCUGCCGCUCGGAUGAGAUGUGACGCGCUGCUGGAGCGCUUCUAACGCGUCCCUCGCUCGGACAGCAUGCAUCACACAUAGGCGUCUCACACACGCUUUCAGACCAUGAGUGAUGAGUCUCCGUUACAGACGCGCCUCACCACUGACUCACCGCUGGCGUCUGGCUCUCAGGAGAACUACGUUCUUCUGCUGGUGCUCCUGUGUGUGUUCGCCGGAGGGACGCUGGUUCUUCUGUCCGUCCUGCUGAUCUUCUGCCACCGCUGCUGUCGAGGAGAGCGACGCUUCUCCAGAGCCAGUGAUGACCUGGAGAAAACCAACACCACAUACAUAGAGGAGAGUCAGCCGACGCAAGACGCCAGCAUCAGACCGGAGAGCGGAGAAUCACUGUCCUCCAGCGGUCAUGGAGACACAGACGCGCAUCACUUCCUGUCUGCGGCGCUCACCGGAAGACGGGUGUCUUUUAAUGAGGCCGCCAUCUACGAGCAGAACGCCAACGACCAGGAGACAGGUCGAAGGUACACGCUGACGGAGGGAGACUUCCAUCACCUGAAGAAAGCUCGUCUCACACACCUGCACAUGAAGAUCCUCACCAUCCUGGAGUGUGAUUCCCCGCUCCUCCAACACACAUCCCUCUCCAUAUUCCAGCCCGCCGGGGGUCCCGUGCUGGAUGCUGCAGGAUCGUGGAGCGCUCUCAGUCCCAGCUGUGCUCUUCCUGGAAACACACACAGCUCCAGCAUCAAACCGUCUCGAUCACACACGAUCGAGGUGAUGAACAGAAGCCUGCUGAUGGACAGAGAUUCCACUUCCUGUCCAGCACAGGGCACCAUGUUCCACUUCCUGUCCAAACUCAGACGCCAUGCAAGCCUGGAGGGAGCGGGUCCGUUCUUCAGCGUCAAGAAAUGGAGACGGGACACCAUCCAGAGAGCGGCGAGUCUGGACACCAGAGGUUCUCCACGGAGACGUGGAUUUCAGAGGCAGCGGGCGGCCAGCGAGACUCUAGAUCAUGUCGAAGAAACCUUGCAGGGUGGAGUCAGCGACUUCUUGUUGCAAAAACCCACCACCCAGCCUCAGAAGGAGCAGCCAAGACGCCUCUCUGCCGGUUCUCUGGACACCACCUCCGGAGCUCCUCCUGCCCUCAGCAGGUUAGAGGUAGAAGCAGUAAUGGAGCUCAGAGUCAACACAGAUGCAGUGAAAGACAUGACUCCAACAUUCCCCUCCACCCAUGGACCUCCAGAAGAGGAGGAUGGUGAAGAGGAUGGACAGGAGAUGAUGGCAGAAGCGUCAGGAGGCGGUAGUGAAGAGUAUGGACCAGUGACUCAUCAGGAGAGUCUAGAGCAGCACAGCCUGUACCGAGACAUCUGGAGCCUGAGAGCAUCACUGGAGCAGUACGCCUCCUCCGACCUGAGCAGCAACGACAGGGACUCCACUCGCAGCGAUGCUGACAGCGUUUGCUCAGCGGGAGCAUCGAGAGCGGCCGUCCCUGGCUAUCAGUCACAAGACAUCGAUGAUGAUAUAGACGGGGACGGAGAGCUUCCAUAUGAUGACAUGGUCAGGGAAGCUGAGCAGAGGAGAACUGGACGAGACAGUGUGGACCCGGAGAGAGGAAGCGACGGAGAGACAAACAACCGGAAGCUUCUGCAGAUGGACAGCGGAUACGCCUCAAUCGAGGCUCCUUGCAAGGCUCCGGAGGAGUUCAGAUUGUUUGGAAGUAGCUCCGGAAAGACAGCAUCAGAGCGUCGCCGCUUUUUCACCAAUUCUGGACGCAAAGGCACGGUUUGUGAGAGUUUUGAGGCACAGGUUUUUAAGGAAGAGCUGGAAGACGAGGUAUCGGAGAGCAGCCUAAGUUUGGAGACAGAGACUCCCGUUACGGGAGAACCUCAACCCACGACCAAACACAGGCCGUGUUUCCGCCGCAGAGACUACAGCAUUGAUGAGAAGACAGAGGCACUGUUUAAUGAAUUCCUACGCCAUGACCCCCAGUUUGACCAGCAGGGCUCGCCCUCCUUGCGUCACCGGCACCGCUCCAGAAUCCAUCUCAGGAAGCAGUGGCAGCGCAGCAAACAGUACAGCGACCCCGGUGCCACUCGAUUAUCACCAUCUCUAGAGCGACAGCGCUGCUAUCCACUCCGCCGAGGCGACAGCGCCAACUUCCCCUUAGACACACGCUACCACAGCACCUUGCCUCGCAUCGCUAGCGCCGCGGACGAGGAGGUCAGCGAGGGAGCAGCGAGUAUGGAAUCGCCCGAGCCUGAAAAAUCCGAUCCAGAGCUGGAGGAUGCUGAUCCGCUCUCAGAAACAAGAAGUUCUGGUCCAGACCGGGAGGAAAACGCAAACAACAGCAGCAACAACACAAGCCCACAUCUCUUUUCAUUGCAAACGCAGGACACCAGUGCCAGGGACUGUGGGAUACUGGAGGAAUUGGGAACAAAUGCUGAUCCCGCAGAUUCACAUAAACAUUCACAGAUGGACCGUGGUGGACCAGUGGCUACAUUUAGUUCUCAUUUGCAUUUACAUACAAACACACUCAGCUCGAAUCCCACUGAUCCGGAUCAGGACUCGGACUACAUCCAUUACAUACACACUGAGAUCAGUCCGUCAGACAAACUGGCGUCCACACUGGACGAUCGGCUCUACUCCGACCUGAGGACUCAAAGAGGGAGUCAAGAGUGUGUCGUGACUGUAAACCGCACCUCACCAGGUCUAGAAGAAUAAUUCUGGUUCUGGAAGGUGAAAACUCGGCUUCUUUUAAGCACACUAUAACACUUCCUAGCUGUAAGGAAUCUGCACAAUUAAACAAAGACAAAAAGGUAAUCACCCUAGAGGGCAGGCAAAUAACUAAAUAAAUCAACACAUACAUACCCAUGUAACAACUAUUUUAACGCCAAAAAAGAAAUGGUACAGCGCCACCUGUUGGAAAACUGACUUUUUAUUCAGAUCUGUUUUUUGGAUGUCAGUAACUCCUUUUCCACCAACAGGGUGCUGGGAAACUAAUGUCUUUCUCACAUAAAGAACAAGAACUCGAUAGCAACAGUGACACAGAUCUAGAUCUCGGCCAUUAUAAUGAACAAACACCCUGGUGUGCUGACCAUCAGGAAAUUAUUUCAGUAAAUCUGUUUGGUGAAAGACAUUACACACUUCAGAGUAAAUGUAAGAGUUUAAACAGUGUGAACAUAUCCAUCCUACGCUAGAAAACCUAUUAACUUCAUUUCACCAAGGGACUAAACAUAGAAACACGGAUCUGCAUUCAAACUAACUUCCACUGAAACAAUCUGCAGACGUUUGGUGCUUCAAUCACAUUCCAGCCAAGACUCAAUUACAAUCAGCACUGAACAUUUCUAAUUAAACCCCUCUAGAACACUUCAGUGACAGUGAAGCUUGAGAUUUAACAUUGAUGAGGGUUUUAAAAGCUCUAUUUUAUGAGUCCUGAACAUCAUGAAUCAGUGUAAUUAAAACAUUAAUGUUAAGAUGAUCAUUGAUCAAUAUCUCAGUUUCAUACCUUUAUUCAGAUCAUGAUCAUGUAGAUCAUAGAUCAUGUUUAGCAUCAGGAACGCAGGGUAGUGUUGGUGAUUGUAUAUGUACAUCUAGAUCAAUCUGAAGUAUCAUUUUUAAAGUAUAAUUCCUUUGCAAUAGAGGUAAUUUUGUUGGUUUAAUGCAAAAAAAGAAAACAAUCAAGUUGACUGAUUUAAAUUGUCAGCUAUUAUC